AUGAAUGAAAAUUCUACAGAAAACAUAAAAGAAAAUCUUAGCUUAGGGCAAUGUUCAUUAAUUACUCUUGGGAUAGAAUAUGAGAAAUUUUUGAUCUUAUUAAUCCUCGUGAAGAAAAGAGGUUUCUUGGUGUGUGGUUUUGAAUUUGCAUGGUAUAGAGAAGCAUCAAAUCACCGAUGA